ACAUUUUUCCCAUAUAAUAAAGUGAGACUGGAUGUUUCCCAUUAGUUAUAAUGAUGCGUUUAUCUACGAUUCAUUAAAUAAAAUUUUCAACAAAAAAAGUUCAAAUUAAAAUGAGUUCUAAAUGUUUUGUACCUUCAUGUAAUAAUACAGUAGGUAUAGCAUUUCCUGAAGAUCCUGAAGUAAAAAAGAAAUGGUUAGAAAUAUUAGGAGUCUCAGAUCUUGAACCCGAAUCAUCCAGUUUUGUUUGUUUAGACCACUUUCAAGAAGAUGAAAAUGAAGAAGCUGAUGGUAUAAUUGGUAAACAGUUAAAGACAACGAGUGAAGUAUUUACAGCAUUGCAAAAAUCAAGUAAGAAACCAGUAAAAGUUGAAAAAAAUGGAGAAAAUACAUCAAUAGAAAAUCAAAUUUUUUCAGCGGAGGAGUUUUCAGAAGAAGCAGGUUUCUCAACAAGUACAGGGGAGAUUUGUAGGUUAUGUAUGAAAGAGAAAUCGGAAGAUGUGAAAAAUAUUUUUGUGGAGGAAAUCGAGGAUGGCAUUCAUAUUGUUUUUGCCAUUCUUGCUUGUAUUCAUCCAAUUGAGAUCUCAUAUGAAGAUUCUUUACCAAAAAUAAUAUGUGGUGAAUGCUUGGAACUUCUUCGAGUGUGUUUCAAGUUCAGAACAGUAUGUUUAAAAAAUGAUAAAAUUCAAAAACAAGCGUUGCAUAAACAGCAACCGUCUGCAAAAAAGAGGAAAAAAACAGAUGAUAGUCAGGAAUCGGAUGACGCUCAUAAAGCAGUAGGGAAAAAGAAGGUGAAAUAUGCUGAAGAUACCGCUACUGAAGGAGAAAAUUAUGAUGAAUUAGGAGCCAUUACGGAAUUUCUCAUUAAGAAGAAUUCGCCCAAUAAAAAUUCUGAAACAAAACAUCAGGAUAGUUCAUCUGUUGCCAAAGUAAAAUUCAAAGAUGAACCUAUAAACAAUAUGGAAGAAGAACUUCGUCGAGUUUUAGAAGGAACUUUAUCAGAAGAGCAAGCUAGUGCUGACAAUAUAAUUAUUCACAUUCAAGAUGAUGAUGAAGAUAGUACAGAGGAGAGCACAGUGUUAUCAAAUUUACAACUACCAAUUGUCAUUAGAUCGGCUAACAAAGAAGAUUUAAGGAUUAAGAAAAGCCGAACUGAAGUUAAGUCUAGAAGAAGAAUGUCAGAGGAUGAUGACGCACCAAGAAGAACUUACAAGUCACUACCUGGUAUGUUUCAAGGGAUAUCGAUGAGCUAUUUACAUGAGGAUGAAUUCUGUUUAGUAGAUAAUUAUUUGUUCGAAUACAGGCUCUGUAAACAAAAUGUUCGAUAUAUGAGAUGCUUAUUACCACUGUGCAAUGCCAAAGCAGUUCAAAAGAAAAUAGAAACUUCAAAUUUAUAUAGUAACGACGUAAGGGUGUUGGUGGCCCAUGAUCAUAAUCCUCCGACAGAAGCAGAAAAAAAGAAACAGAUGUUUUUCCAUGUCAUGAAACGAAAAAUGCAAAGUGACAAAACACUUAAAUUUAAAAGUGUUUAUGAUGAAGUAUGUGAGAAAGAUCCUGAAAUUAAAGAACUCAUUCCCUUGAGGAACGUAAUCAAUGAAAUUUGUAGUCAUCAAGUUUCUUACAAAACAAAAUUUAUAAAAUCUUUUGAUGAUCUUUACAAUUAUAUAGAAGACGACUCCUUUUAUAAAUUACAAUUUACCAAUUUCGGAAUACAGUUCUAUCAAGAGAAAUUUACAGCUGAAGAUAAUGCCAAAGCAAUAGUAUUUGCUAAUGCCAAUACUAUAGAGUUGAUGUCAGAAAGUGACCUGAUGUAUAUAGAUGCUUCCUUUAGAAUAGAGACAGAAGAGUCAUUUUCAUAUCAACUGGUAACUGUAUUAGUUUGGGCAGAAGACAGUUACUUUCCAAUUAUGUUCGCUCUAGUCAACUAUAAAACUCAAGAAAUAUACAAGAAAAUAUUUGAGUUCCUUCACGAUACUCUUGCUCCAAGACUACGCCCAGAUGAAAUUGUAACAGAAUAUGAAGGCAACCUAUAUUAUGCACUUGGCGAAAUUUAUGUUGAUUCCAGCAUAGGUGGAUCCGUCUUUUAUUACACACAAAACUUGUACAAAAAAAUUUGUUCUUUCCGCCUGACAAAAGAUCUAGAAACAAACAAUUUUUUCAGAAAUAUUUAUCACAUGCUACUUAUGUUGCCAUUAUUACCUGUAAAUACUAUAAUAGAUGGUUUUCAGAACAUUAGAGAACAAGCAAAAAGCCUGGGAAUUGAAGAUUUAACUAAGGAUCUUUUUGAUCAUGUUCAAUCCGAAUGGAUUGAGAAGGUCACUCCAGAUUUAUUCUGCGUUCACAGAUUAGAAAAUCGUAUUAACGAAAAUGUUAUAGCGCCUUUUAAGAAACUUCGUGAUUAUUUGAUGCUGACCAAAGGAAAGUCACAGAAAUCCACAGAUGUCGUUACUGUUAUCGAGAAACUCAUAGAACUGGAGUCGUUUUUGCACAUAACUUAUUCGAAUCCUAAUAAAAAAUCUUUUGCUAGGGACCUAAGUAGUGCACAAAAGAAAAACGUACUGAGGGCGUGGCAGUUUAUUGAAAAUCAUCCCAGAAUUAACGUCAAUAAUUUCUUUUCAAGAGUUUUGGGUUACAUUAAAUGCAUGGAAAAUCAACUGUGGAUAUGGGGUUUCUAUCGCUACGAAGGAGAGGUUAUUGACGAAUUGAUAAAUGCUGCAAAUUUCUCCAUAGUAGCUGGUGAAUAUUUAACGGAAUAUGAAGGUCAAGAAGAAUUAGAAGAAGUAAUUCAAGAAGAAGAAGGAGAAGGACAGGAACAGGAAAGUGGUGAUCGUAUAAUAAUGGAAGCAGUUAUUGAUGAAAAUGGUGGGUUUGUUUUAAAACCUAGAGAAGAAGUUGCAGAACAACAAGAACCUGGUGAAAAUACUUAUGUUGCAUAUGAAUGAAAAAAUUUGGAUGAAAGUUUCGGAACAUACUUUCUUUCAUGUAUGGUUCACAAUCUAUUUGUAUAAAAUGAAUAAAUCGAUUUAUAGCUUUUACGUAGAUUGAUAAUUCACUUAUUCAUAUUUUGUACGUCAUCUCCAAAAAUGUAGACUAUUUUUCACUUUUUUUGUAUUUUUUAGGUGGUCUGAAAUUGUGAAAUGUAAACAUUUAUUUUUCAAUUUAAAAGUUUCUGAGUUACUAUAUAUGAUGUAAUAUAUUGAAGAAUUAUAUUAGUAAUAAAAAAAAUUUAGAGGUCCUUUGAUAAUUGAGUUGAAAAUAAAUCUUGGAAUAGA